UGUAUCUAUCAAGCUAUGAUAUCUAUAUUCUCGUUGGUCGUCACUAAAACUCUCUCAAAGCCUAGUCCGAACAAAAUCUGUGUCGUGGAAUUGGUCGUUUUAUUCUGUAUAUAUUUUACUAAAAUGCCAAGAAACGCCAGUUCAGUGGCAAAUUGUUCUAUGAAAAGGAAAAGGAAGUACACUCGGAGAUCGACACGUACAGCUGAUAGUAAGUAAUUUUAUAUAAUUUACUUUCACCAAAUAUUCUGCGUAUAUAUAUUCUAAAUUGGGGAAUAGUUUUCUCCUGAUAAUUUAAACCUAACCUUUUGCUAAUAUAACUUUCAUUAAACUUCUGUCACUGAACUAAUUUAUCACAAAAUGUUCAUCAUAGUACCAUUUUUUAUAAUAUAGUAUCUAUUUGUUAAUUACUCUGGCAUCUCCCAUAGCUGACCUGCAGUGCCAAAUCAACCCAUUAGUUACUGAGCAAAAUAAGAUGGAUCUCUAUACAUUUUGUAUUUUAGGUUGAUAUAAAUAGGUGAUGUUAGGCUACUUCUACUUGGGUCAACUUUUAAAUUUGGUACUGCCGGCUUAAUCAAUUGAACCAACAAUUAGGAAAUAAGAUUUUUAUUUUUGUUGAGUAUUAACCACUAAAAUAAUUUUCUAGAUGUACUUAGUUCCGAUGUUAAUUUUAAAAGAACCAAUAAAGUUAUUAAAAACACUGAUAAUAAUGAUAUCAUUCAUUCCAAGAAGUUAGCUGGUCAAUCAUGUUAUAAUCUUGCUGAGUCUGACAAAACCAUAUUAAGUGACAUUUUAAAGGGAAUCAAACCAUUGAGAAAAUCAAAUUUUCCAUUGCUAUUGAGAAUGUUUGAGCAAAAAGAACUAUCUGUUGAAGUAACUAAAUUUUCUCAAUUCUAAGUUAUAUAUAUAUUAAUUAAAAUGUUAUUUAAUAAAUACAUUUUACUUUUUUCAUUAGCAAUUUGAAAAGUUAUUAUCUCUAAAGGUCGAAAAAUCUACUUUAGAUGGAAGUAACACGUGUAAAGAGUGUACAAAUAAACAGUUGUUAUUAGAAAAAGACUCGUUUUGGCAAAAAAAAUAUGAAUCUUCAAACAAAGCCUUAAAAGAAAUAGAGGCUAUAGCAAAGUUACAUAUUAAUCAAUAUGAUAAACCAUAUUUAGAACAAAGGACUGUUGGGAUCCAAGCUGUAUUAUUCACAAAUGAGGUAAAUUAGUUAUAGAUCAUUUGAUUAAAUUGUUUAUGUUUAUAUUUUAGUUUUUAGGUGUGUCAUCAAUGGGUGGCAUAUCCUUAUAUCGUUGUCAAUAUUAUUAUUUUUAAUUUUUCAGUUCUAUGUACCUCACCAUUUUCUAUUAUAAAUUGUUUAUUUUCUUUUUUUUUUUUUUUUUAAAAAAGAAAGUAUUAUAUGAAGUUUAGAUUUUAAACAAUAUUAUACUUUUGAUUUUUAGAAUGUAACUACUUCAACUCAUGACAAUGUUCCUGCUAAAGGUAUUACCAACAAUGGCAAUAGCUCCACUGAACUUAAUACAAAAUCUGUAAACAAUUUUAGUGAUAAUAAUUGUGUUAAUCAGCUUGAUGCAGUAGAAAUUGUUCCUACACCAUCUUCUUUCAAAACUAAUGAAUACACAAUUUCAAAAUCGGUAAUUAAUAUGUAUUAAUUCUUAUAAAGAGUUUAAUAAAUGCUGAAAAAUAUAUCAAUAGUGAAUGAUAUAUAUGCAAUUAUUAGUCUAAAGCAGCGGUUUUCGCCCUUUUUAUAUCCAUGUACCAUUUACACAUUAUAAAAUGUUUCGUGUACCACAAUAAGGUUAUUAAGGCUUUUUAUUAUUAAAUUUACUUAAUUAUUAGCAUUUAAGCAUUUAAUACACAAAAGUAAAAUGAAAUAUGUACCUUUAUUAUUUUUAUUAUUACUUAUGGAUUAAUUAACUACAUUAUUUAUAAUGUUUAUAACAUUUAUACUCAUAACUUUUUUUCACUUAUCAAAAAAAUAUUUGUGUACUAUAUGUUGAAAACUACUGGUCUAAAAUUUAAGUAUUUAUAUUUAUUUAAAACAAUUAGAUGGACAUACUGAUAUGAUGGAGGUUUUUCAGUGAAACCUCUAUUAAUAAACGCUCUCAAAACACAUUCCUAAUAAUGGACAUUUUUAAAUUCCCCACUAAAAUAUAUAGGAGUUAAACCUCUAAAUAAUGGGCACUAAAAACCAUUGCCAAAAUAAUAAUUACUUCUAUGAAUGGACAUGAAUAAUGUACAUUCUAUCAAACAUAUAAGUAAUAAAAAUAUUAUUUUUAUAUUUUAUAUUUCUUUAUCUUAAUGGUUUUCCUAUCUGAUAAAUAAAAACUUGUUUGGUUACUUAAGUUGUGUGCUAAAUAGUGUGUAAACAACAUCUAAAAAGAUUGAACUUUCAAGAAAAAAAAGAAAUUAUUAAAACUAAAGAAUUGGAAAAUCUUAGCAUACAAAUAUUAGCAAAACAAUUUUGCAUACAUAAAUAGUCAUAUUCAGUAGCCAAAUUUCAUAUUCAUUAUGAAGAACAAAAUAUUUUUUAAAAAAAAGAAUAAUAAUUUUUUGAUCUUUUGUAAAUACCCACUUUUUAAUAUAUAAAUAUAUACCAAAUAUAUCAUGUAUAUAAUAAAAAAAAUUAUAAUUUAGUACAAUAAUAAAAAAAAUAGAUUAAUAUAGUGGCAAGAGAAAAUAAAAUAAAAAAUGAGUGUAUAAGAAGUAAGAAGAAAAUUAACCAACAUGGUUUAGGUAUGUCACGAGAAAAGAGAAAUCAGCAGUAUUAAGAAUGGUAAUGGAAAUUAGAGGAGAGAGAAGAAGAAAAUCGAAAUAGAGGUUGUUGUAUGCAAUUCAGAAUGAUAUGUUGACACUAAAGAGCAACUAGUGUAUGUGAGGUGGGAAAUUGAGUUAAAUGGAAGUUUAGUAUGAGGGUGUCCAAUCUUGAGAUAGCUGAAAUGAAGGUGAAGGAGAAGACACUACAGUAUAAUAAUAAAUGUAUAACUAACUUUUAAUAAAAUAUAGUAUAUAUAUUUAUGUAAUAAAUAAUAGGUACUGAUUUCAAUAUGUAUAUAGCCAAUAUCUUUUGUGCUUAAAAAUUUUUCUCUGUAGCACCUCCUUAUAGUGGACAUUUCUCAAUUCUCUAAUACUGUCCACUAUAUAAAGGUUUCACUGUAGAUAGACUACUGGUUGGAUUUUUGAGUGAUGCAAAUUGAGUUAAACACCUUUUAGGUAGACUAUAAAGUCUGCCUAAAAAACCUAAUUUUUUCAAAGUAAAUUAAAUAUAAAUCUUCAUAUUUUCAUAUAUUAUCAAAUUUAAAAAAAAAAAAAUUGAGGGGAAAAUAACUAAUAAUAUUUUUAUUGGGAAAUUACUAGGGGAUAUUACUGUAGAGGGAAAGCUUUAGUUCCACAUAAUACAUAUACUCCGGUGAUUAUAUUAUUAUCACAGUAAUCAAAUUCACAACACAAGUCUUUGGCCCAGUUGAAAAUAUUUAGUUGUGUAGUUUUCAGUCUAUAUUAGUACCAAAGUAUAAAUUAUUAUGUAUUUGGUAGGUAGGUAAUUUUCUGAGUUGAUCACAAUUAUCAAAAUUAAAUUUAUCUAUCAUUUACACAAUAUAAUUUAACAUAUAUAAUAAAUAUUAUUAUUAUUAUAUUUAUUGAAAAAAAAAAUACAUAUAACAGUUUUAAUAUUAAUUUUUUAAAUUUUAUUUUAGGGAGUAUCAUCAAGUAAUCCUGACCAUCUAUUAUCACCUGUUGUACUUAGAAAACCUGUUCCUCCUGCAAUACCUAUAAAUUCUACCAUUAUUGAUUUGUCAAAUGAUGACGAAACCAAUGUACGUGGGUAUUACAACUAUUCUACUAGUACCUCCCUUGAUUUGACAAGUGAGGAUCUAAUAAAAAUAUCAAGUGUAUUUACUUUAGCCAAACCACUUAAUACAGUUGUUCAUGAUCAAGAAUCUUCAUCAAUACAACUGGUAUAAAUAAUACAUUUUAAGUUCCUAGUUAAAUUAUAUUAAAUAUUUAAUUUUUAUUAUUAAUAUUAAUUAUUGAAUUUUGAGAUAUUAGUUUUUAAAACUUAUUGACAUUUACAUUUACUAAUAUAAUAAAACUUAGAUUAAUUCAAAUUAUUUUACAUUAGUAUUAUGGAUAUAAUUAGAUACGUUUAUAGGUCUUCCAAAUUAUAUUUUACAGUUAAUUUCAUCAUAAACUACUUUUUCCAAAAAACUACUAUUUUGUGAGAUCUAAAAAAAAGUGGUAAGCCCCUGUGCUUGUGCCCAGUUCACCUCUCCCCUUUUUGCUGGCCUUGUUUACAUAUUUAGGGAAAUAUUAUUAGCAAAAUUAUACAAAUUAAAUCAAAAUAUAAAAAAAUAAUUUGUUGUGUUACAUAUCUAUUUUUAAAAUGUAUUAAAUGUUAGUUGUCCUGUUUCUAUUAAAUUUUUACUAAUAAAAUACAUGAAUUUAAAUUAUCAGCAUCCUGCUCCAUUGCCUGAAAUUCCACGUCAAAACAGUUCUUUGUGUGAAAGUGUAAAUCUCCCUCCUGCGCCUAACUUAAAUAUUCAGAAAUCAACACGAGGAAGUAAUUUAUUUUAUAUAAUAUGUGGCUAUAUUAUUAAUUUUCUUACUUCUAUAAAUUAUGGUUUUAUUUUACAGCAAUGUUCCUGUCAUGGGAUAUACCUGCUACUGAAAUACCAGUUUGUACUAUAUUAAGUUAUCACAUUUUUGCGUACCAUGAGGUUUCUAAUAAUACACCUAAAACAGAUAUGUGGAAGAACAUUGGUUGUGUAAGAUCUCUUCCUCUACCAAUGAGGUGCUCACUUCUUAAAGUAAAGAUACAUUAUAAUGUAAGUAGAAUUCAAUAUUUUUUAUUUUUAUUUUAUUUUUUACAGUUGCAGCCGGGAGAAAAAUAUUAUUUUGCAGUAAGAGCUGUAAAUGCCUACAAUCAGAUUGGACCAUUUAGCAAGAUCAUGUCUCAUAUUUCAUAGUCAUGAUGUCUAACUAUAUUAAUAUAUUAGACGGAAAAAUAAAAAAAAAUAAUUGAAUUCAAUGAUAAAUAAUGAUUUACUUACAUGUGAAAUUUUGUACUAAAUUUUUAAAAUAAAAAUAUUGAGAGAAUGUUCUAACUGCCAUAAUUUCAAUUAUUGAAGUUGU